CGACAUGUUGGGGGAUUCCAUGUCUCCUAAUUUCUUGACCUACAAAACAUUGUUGGAGGGAAUGUGGCGGGAUGGGAGAGGCGACGAGGCCUUUCAACUGCUCGAUGAAUUGCGGAAGAGGGAUUGUUCGAUGGAGAAAGCAACAUAAAGGAUCUCUGCAACAAAAGCUGUGUAAAACAGUGCGGCAGGUCUUCUGUUUGCUAGAGCUUCUAUGUCAAUAACUGCUGGGAGAGUGGAUAGUUCUUCUGAUAUUGAGCUUCUCCGGUGAAUUUUCUUAAGGUUGCUCAACCAGAACAGCUUGCCCAAAACUUUUUCCAGAAAACAUAUGAAGUCUCAAUCACUGUCAUGUCCUUGACGAUGAGUUGGAAGACAGCUCCAUGUGAUCCUUCAAAUGCUUAUGUUUCGAGCAAAUCCCCACCAGAAUGCCUCUACACCAUUCACUCCACAUUUCAGAUACUUCAAAUGCUUAUAUAUACAUACACAUAUCAUUCCAUAUCCAAACCAAGACCUCUCACGUCUUGUGCUCUCAAAUCCUUUACUUUCUUCUCCCUUUCAUUUGUGAUCUUCACCAGCUUUCUGGGCAGAUAGCAAUGGCCAUUCGUUUGCCUGGUGUUAUAAAUGCUAAGAACAUUCUCCGCAGAUCAAACUCAUUUGCAAAGAGAGCAGCUUCAAGAUUUAUGGAUGUUCCAAAAGGCCACCUUGCUAUAUACGUUGGAGAGAGCGAAAAGAAGCGAUUCGUAGUUCCAGUAUCACUUCUGAACCACCCUUCAUUUCAAGAAUUGCUAGGCAUGGCUGAGGAAGAAUUUGGAUUUGAUCAUCCAAUGGGAGGUCUCACAAUUCCCUGCAGCGAAGACUUUUUCAUUGGUCUCACUUCUUGCUUACAUGAAUUGUUGUAAUACAUAAACAAGCAGUGCCAAUUUUGUAAAUCCAUAUAUAUUCUUCAUUUGUUUUUAGCAGAAGAAGAGAUGGGGAUUGACUACCUACCCUGAGUUUUUCUAAUCAAAUCAUUGCAGUUUCUCUUAAAUUGAUGAUCUUUUCAUUCUGUGAUAUUUCAAGCCCAUUCAAUUUUGUUCGAUUUGGCAUGUUUU